AUGGCAAGUCUGAGAGUAACUUCAUUUGACCCACCUUGUUAUUUUGCUCCUCUUGAGUCCUUGAUUUCCCCCUACUUCUGUCAGCCCACAAAUGCCAGCCCGUGCUGUGAAUUCCCUCACAUGGCCCACAGGGGACAUCUCCAGCGCAAGAGGUCCCCCUUUAGUAGUGCACACUUUGUGGCUCCUGGUCCAGCACUUGGGAGAACCCUCCAAGUGAAGGCUCGAAAGUCAAAGAAACUGGGAAAGUUGAAAGGGAUUCACGAAGAGCAGCAGCCGCCACAACAGGCGCCGCCACCCCCGCCUCCCCCCCAGAGCCCCGAGGAGGGAACGACUUAUAUCGCCCCAGUCAAAGAGCCCUCCGUGAAUUCGGCACUCGUUCCUCAGCUCUCCACCAUAUCUCGAGCACUGACGCCUUCCCCGUCUAUGGUCCUUGAAAGCAUCGAGCCCGAAGUCGUCUACGCGGGCUACGAUGGCUCGAAACCGGAUACGGCGGAAAACUUGCUCUCCACCUUAAACCGCCUGGCUGGCAAGCAGAUGAUUCAAGUAGUCAAGUGGGCAAAGGUUCUGCCAGGAUUUAAGAACUUGCCUCUUGAGGACCAAAUUACCCUAAUCCAGUAUUCUUGGAUGUGUCUAUCAUCAUUUGCCUUGAGCUGGAGAUCUUACAAACAUACGAACAGCCAAUUUCUCUAUUUUGCUCCAGAUCUAGUCUUUAAUGAGUAA